AUGAGGAAAUUUAGAUCAUGGAGGAAUCUUUUAAGGAAAAAACAAAAUGAAUGGGGACUUUGUCGAUCCAAAAACAAAACAUUCAUGGUAUUUGUUUGUACAAUAUUGUUGUAUAUUGCAUACAGAACUACAAAGUUUCAGCUUUCACAGACAAAGUUAGCUUUCACGGGAUUAAAGGGUCUACCAUAUGGCAUUAUUGAACCUAAAUCUGACUUGGAAUUAAAGCGCAUAUGGGCAUCAAGUAGUUCUAAAUUAAAGGCUAAUGUUUCCAUUCCUCAUAACUUGCUGGCAAUGCCAGUGGGAUUGAAAAUGAAGCAUAAUGUUAAUACAAUUGUUCGAAAGUUUCUUCAUGAGAACUUUACAAUUAUUUUGUUCCAUUAUGAUGGGCAUAUGGAUGGAUGGUGGGAUCUCAAAUGGAGUAAGAAAGCUGUUCAUAUUGUAGCUGUGAACCAAACAAAAUGGUGGUUUGCAAAAAGAUACUUGGAUAUUGUUAAAGCAGCAGGACUGGAGAUAUCUCAACCAGCUUUAGAUCCAAAAUCAUCAGACAUACAUCACAGGAUCACAUUACGGAAAAGAAGACAUAUAUUCCACAGAAGGGUUAUAGAUCCUAAAGGUAGUGUGAAAUGUACAAGUGAUAGUGAGGGCCCACCAUGUACUGGAUUUGUUGAAGGAAUGGCUCCAGUGUUUUCCAGAACUGCAUGGCAUUGUGCUUGGCAUCUUAUUCAGAAUGACCUGGUUCAUGGAUGGGGAAUGGAUAUGAAACUUGGGUAUUGUGCACAAGGGUUGAAAAAUGUUGGAAUUGUUGAUAGUGAAUAUAUUUUGCAUCAGGGAAUACCCACAUUAGGCGGGCCUGCUGCUAAAAAGGGGUCCAAUGAUGUUAAUUUGGCAAAGAAGCACCAUGGUUUUGAUAUGCGUACUGAGAUAAGGAGGCAAUCGACAUUAGAGCUGGAUGUAUUCAAACAACGAUGGGAAAAGGCAACCAAAGAGGACAAGGAUUGGGUUGAUACUUUUUUCAAACACAAACAAAAACAACAAGCACCACCCCCAACCAUUCACUCAUGAUUUUUUAUCAUAAUGUAAUUUCAUUCAAACAAAUGUCAAAAGAUUGCAAUUUUCAUAAGACAGAAAAAAUUACCUUUUACGUCCCCAAAUACAAAAAGCAAGGACCAACAUUGCAAAAUAUAACUAUUGGGGACCAAAAAUGUAACUCACUUCAAAUUAUAUUAGAAGUUCAUGACAUAUAAGAAAGAAUGGGAGAAAGACGCAUCAAUCGAUGCUUUGGAUUUAGAUAAUAACAAUAACAAUAACUCGGUUCUAUUCUCCGCCUAAUAACACAAUGUAACACACAAAAUAUUGAUUUGAGGUAAAAACAAGUUUUAUUAACUUAUAUAACUAAUAACGACCCACCAACAUAAAAUCAUCAUCCUCAAGAACCUUAACAUCUUUCUCCCCAACAAAAUUCUCCCUCCCAAUCCCAUUCACUAUGUUGACAAACUCCACCCUUUUAGCCAAUGGAAGGGGGACAUAUGGCAACCGAAAGAUAGGUCUCAC